GGAGAUUUCGAAGAGCUACUACACUCAAAGAUCACACGACCCCUCCAACCGUCGCGCUUAACCGAUCUUCGCUAAAUCCAUUUUUCGCAUCGAAUCGAUCAAAAACUCUUUCUUCGAUCGCUCCCUCUGUUCUCCGAUGGAGUCUUCUGCUGCACUCGGAUCCCUCCACCAGACCAUCGGGUCACUAGCUAAUUCACAGACUAUGGUAGAGAAUUCCACCAAGGUUCAUCUCCAUUGUGGAAACUGGCCUGUCUCUGGUAACUCUCUUGUGCCACACAGGAGAUUCAAUGGGAAGAGGAAUUUCACCCUUGCAUUGAGUGUACAGGCUUCUAAAACUUCCACGACAACCGAAACUGGAGAUUCAUCCGAUGCCAGUGCAUCAAAGGUGAAGAAGACCAUUGGACGAUUAACUUUCCCAAACGAAUUGGAGGCAUUAGUUCACGAGGUGUGCGAUGACACAGAGGUUGCUGAGCUGAAACUUAAGGUUGGAGAUUUUGAAAUGCACCUAAAACGAAAGAUUGGGGAGAUAACGGCUCCUGCUCCCUUGACGGAUAUUUCUCCAACAGUUGCUCCUCCUAUUCCUUCUGAACCCAUGAAUGAGUCGGCUCCAACUGCUGCACCUAUCCCGUCUAAAGCAAAAUCAUCCUCUGAAAAAGCAACCCCAUUUAUGAAUACAUCCUUUGGGAAAUCAUCUAAGUUGGCCUCUCUGGAGGCAUCUGGAUCUAACAAUUACGUCCUAGUCACUUCUCCAGGGGUGGGCACUUACCAAAGGAACAGAGCUGUGAAAGGAAAGAAGCAAGCUCCCAGCUGUAAAGAGGGUGAUGUAAUCAAGGAAGGUCAAGUUAUCGGAUUCCUGCAUCAGUUGGGAACUGAGCUUCCAGUGAAGUCUGAUGUAGCUGGGGAAGUUCUCAAGGUCCUCUGUGACGAUGGAGACUCUGUAGGUUACGGAGACCCUCUUGUUGCGAUCUUACCAUCCUUCCAUGACAUCAACAUCAUGUGAUAAAAGCUGAAGUAAUCGGCAAAAUCUUCAUAUUGGAGUUUCUACCAUUCAUCUUCUGAAACUUGUUUUUUGUUUUUUUUCCUUCUGGUUUGGAGAUUCCAAUCUUCUGAAUAAUUUGUUCUGCGUUCCCUUUUGAAGGAGACCUUUAGUUGUAAUCUCAUUCGACGCUCAGAACAGGUUUUUUGGGGCAUUGACUUUGUUAGUUCUUUUGUU